UGUUCACAGCUGAUCGGAGAGCCAGGUCGAGAGCGUGGGGCCCCUGCGAUCACGCCACUUUUCUGCCACGAGGGUGCUUUCACUUUCGGGGAGCCGAGAUCAGCUGGGUCAGCAGCUGCUGGUGAUUGACGUUGGACUUCUGUGAGACGUCUUCUGGAAUUUGGCACUUGAAACAAUGGACCAGGAAAGCAAGCCCGCCCAGAACGGCUGCGUGAACGGCGCCGGCGAGGGCUCGGACAUCUUCCCCCGCUCGCUGCUCAAGCAGCUGGACUGGGCCGACUACGCGGACAAGUUCAACCCCGCGAUCACCGCGGAGCAGCCUGGGGAUGGUCUCCUGGUUCGGCCACUACAGAAGGAGGAUUACGAUAAAGGUUUUCUGCAGCUGCUCGGCCAGCUGACGGAGGUCGGGGACAUCUCCCGGGAGGACUUCCUCAAGCGCUACGAGGCCAUGACGGCGUGUCCAAGCACCUACUACCCCGUUGUAGUGGAGGACGAGGUCAAAGGUCAGGUGGUGGGCGCCGCCACCCUCGUCAUCGAACAGAAGUUCAUCCACCACUGCGCCGUGAGAGGCCGCUUGGAGGAUGUGGUGGUCAGCGACGACUACCGCGGCAAACAGCUGGGAAAACUGCUGAUCGCCGUCAUCACCCUGCUGGCCAAGCGGCUGCACUGCUACAAAAUCACGCUGGACUGCAAGGACGUCAUGAUUCCCUUCUACUCCAAGAUGGGAUACACCAACGAGGCCGGACGCGCAAACUACAUGACCAUCCGCUAUGACUGACAUCUAGUGGCAGCUCUAGGAAACGGUAGUUAAUGUCUACGCCAUGCCGCGCUCCGGUCAAGGCGGGGCGAAGUGGAUUGCUGACUCGUGUUUCGCCCAGAUUUUGCCAGUUUGCAUCGAUUUUUAAGAAAAUGUGGUGGUUAGUUUCCAUUCCCAGAUCCGGACACCGACGCAGCCCGCUCAACCUUCGCUCACCGAACCCAGUGACCAAUGCUACUCGAAUUAUAAAAAUGACGUCACUGGUGUGCGUGAUGACGUCACUGUUCUCGCACGGUUUCGUCAUCUGAGUGUAGCUGGGGUUGUCGGACACAGACUGAGCAUGGAACUCGCCAUCCUCGGCUCCCCAGUGAAGACUCAGGGUGGAGGUAGCGGCAGCAAGGUCCGAGCAUGGUGGUGGUGUGAAUGCGUCGAACGAUUCUAUUUUUAUACGCGUUUAUCGAUAUUUUACAAAUCGUGGCAAUGUCGGGGAUCUUCAGAUGGUGUUGCAAUCAAGGCCGUUGCAAUAUGAAUUGUUCGUUUGAGAUGCAAAUAUUUUAGCAUGAACUAUUUGAUGCCAGUGAUAAUUAUCGAACACGGGUGGAUGCGAUCAUGAUUGUGAUUAUAAACGUCGCCCGAAUCGUCCGCGAACAAUUUAUCGAACAUGUCAUCUUUUAUCAUGCAAUUGUCACCACUUUCACACGAUCGAUGCCUCUUAUUUUCCUCUCUAGAUCAUCGGUGGUGACGAUGAGGAAUUGUGGCUCCAGUCCUCAGCUCGGGGAGUCUGUAUCAGUGACGCUGCAUUUUCGGCAGCUCCGUUGCACGGCGAUUGCUCCCGAAACUGUCUGGCAAUGUUGACCAGUGCUGCGUUUUGUUCAGUUGCAAAUGGAUUGCAAUAUAUUUUGUACAAACCUGUUGGGUUGCAGACA